AUGUCUUCUGCAACAGCUCCAGUUGAAUCAAGGACCCAAUUCUCGCCUCUGGCCCAAGACAUUGAGGAAAAUCAAAUUGAGAUCAAUGAUCGUCGCAUGGUAAUAGAGCCAUCCGAAGAAAGUUUCGAUUGGGAGGCUCUUGUGAUUUUGCUACGCUUGGCCAUUGUUGGAAUGUUGCUCAUUGGAUUUGCCCUUUACCAAACGAAAUUACACGAACCAAAAUUUGAUCCCAUCCCACCCAAGUUCUUCCUCGACUCGUUUCACGUUCCUCACAUUAAAGUCUCCGACGGCGAGGUGUCAUCCACGUGGGACAUUGCCCUAACCAUUUCCAACGUCAUGAACUACUCCGACAUUAACAUCUUAAAGCUGGAAGCGAAGAUAAAUUACGAGGAAAAUGAAUCGCUCGCCGUGAUCACUCCUAUUCUGCCCCAAUAUAUGUUACCCAGGGAACUUUUCUUUUUGGAUAAGGAAGAGAGCAAAAAGGUGCAUUUGCAGUUGAAUACGACGGGGUGGGAGGAGAACCAACCCAUCGUGGAUGACACUGUGGUUCAGGCUAUUGCCCAAGAUUUGCAACGAGGAUUCAUGAGGUUUAGUUUACAUAUGAUGGUAACAGGAGAGGCAGGGUUCGGUGAUGGGUGGGUCGAAACUUUUACUAUGUCCCCUAAAUGCAGUAAUUUGGAGGUCAAGUUUGUAGAGGGAGAUCAACUGGGUAUGACAAUGACAAUGGUUGAUCACAAGCCUAAAGAGUGUGUAGGUCUUAUUCACUGGGGGCCUAUAGAAGACGCAUAG